AUGAGUUCAACACCAAGUAAACAUUUUAUGAAACAAUCAUCUAAAUUAUUAUUAGAAGAUUUAAGAAAGGAAAGAGAAGAACUUGAAGAUUUAGGUGAAUUAGAUAUUACAACUAUUUUAGGUUCUGAUUUUGAUGAUGAUUCAAUAUCUGCAGCUGAUCAAGAAUUAAUUAAAGAAGCAUUAAUAAAAGGAUAUGAUCUUAGACAAUAUUCAAAAGAUGUUGAAAAUAAUUUAAAUCAAAUGGAUAAAAUGACAAUUAAUGAUUAUUUUCAAGAAAGAGAUAAUUUUUUAACAUUAUAUACACAAAUUCAAGUUGUUGAUGGAGUAUUAGAAACAUUAGAAACAAUGUUAAAUAAUUAUUAUAAUGAUUUAAAAAGUAUUGGUUCAGAAAUGAAUUCACUUCAAGAAAGAUCAAUGUCAAUGAAUCAUAAAUUAAAUAAUAGAAAAUUAUUUGAUGAAAAAUUAUCAAAAUUUUUAGAUGCUGUAAUUAUUGAUCCUGAAUUUUAUAGUGAUUUAACAAAUUCAAAAAAUGGUAUUGAUGAUUAUUAUAUUUCAAAUUUAACAAAAUUAGAUACAAAGAUAACAUUAUUUGAUGAUUAUAAAAAGAUAUCACCAACAAUUUGUGCAAUGAAUGAACCACAAUUAAGUAAAUUAACAGUGGCAUCAAUUCAAAAGAUUCAAAAAUAUUUAGCAACAACUUUAAAUUCAAAUUUUAAGAAAUUAGCAGAAAAGAAACAAAAACAAAAACAAUUGGCAAAUAUGGGUUACCUAUUUCAAUUCUUAUUUAAAUAUUCACAAUAUAUUGCAAGUGAAGUAAUUUUAUCAUAUGUUGAAAAUAAUGAAAAGUAUUUCACAUCAUUCUAUAAAGCAUAUGUUAGUGCGUUAUUAAAAUUAUUAGAAGAUGGUGCACCUGGUAAAAAUGAUUUCAUUAAUAUUGGUACUGGUAAAAUUAAAAGUUUAUUUAAUUCAACACCAAGUAAAAAUAGUAAUAAUAAUAAUAAUGGACAACAGCAACAACAGCAACAACAACAACAAUUACAUACAACAUUUUCAAUGGGUAAUAGAUGCGAAUUAUUAGUUAAAGAAGUUUUAGAAUUACCACCAAUUGAACCACCACAAUCAUCAAGUUCAAUACCAUUUUUAGAAGCAGCUUUAGAAUUUAUACCGAUUGUAAAUACUAAUAAUAAUAAUAGCAAUAGUAAUAGUAAUAAUAAUUCAAAAGAAUCAGGUAAAGAAUUACCAUCAGUAAAAUAUUCAUUUGAUCAAUUAUUUAGAUCAAUGAUUUAUUUUUUAAUGGAUAUUUUAGGUUCAGAAACAUUAUUUGUAAAGGAUUUCUUUUUAGGUGGUGAGGAUAUUAUUUUAUCAAUAUUUACACGUUCAAUUAAUCAUUUGGUUGAAGUUACAGAGAAUUAUCUUGCUAAUAGUUAUGAUGUGGUUGGAUUGGUAUUGAUGAUAUCAAUGUUGUAUCGUUAUAGAUCAAUGAUGAAUGAACGUGGUGUAAAUGCAUUGGAUAAACCAUUCGAUAGAUUGAUUGCAAUGAUUUCCAAUAGAUUUGUAAAAUUAUUCUCAUUGUAUUUGGAUCAUAUUAAAAAUACAUCGAUUAAAGAUUUAAAAGCUGGUAUCUCUUGUAAUUCACCACAUUAUGUAAUUAGAAAGUAUGCAGAUUUCAUAACAACAAUUCAAGCGGUUUCUGCAAACAUUCCAACACAAUGUGAGUGUCAAAAUAUUCUAUGUAAAGCAGUUGCAGAGUUGAAGGAUAGUUGUAAUGGGUUAAUCAAUAGAUUGGUACAAGAAAUCGAAUCAAAAGAUGAUCAAAUCAUAUUCUUGGCUAAUAACUAUGCCAUUGUGGUUCAAUCGAUCCAAGAAUACGUCGUUAGUAGUAAUGGCACUGGUGGUACCGCUACCAAUGGUGACAUUAUACCACCUGAUCAAGAUAUAACCAUUAAACCAUUCUAUAAAAGUUUUCAAUCAGUUGCAAAGAAAUAUGUUGAUACUCAAAUCGCAAAUCUAAAAUAUUUAUCACAUUUCAUCUCUUUCUCUUGGGAAUGGGGUCCAUUGGUUGAAUCAAAUGUUAAAAUCGAUCUCAAAGAGAAUCCUUCUUUCAACACUUCAAAUGUUACAAAGAUUCUUCAUGCUUUCGAACAAAAUUGGAGAUCUGCUAUAGCUGCAAUUCGUAACAACUCUAUCAAUCAUUUCUCUCAAUGUCAAUAUGCUCAAACUCAAAUCUUUAAUUUAGUAAUCACUGAAAUUUACACUUGCUAUCGUAUGUUGGCAAUUAUCAUUGAUAAAUAUUUCGAUUCUUUAAAAUCUGAUCCAAAUUUUAAAUCUGAUAAAAUCAUUGAUGAAAUGAAAGAAAUGAAUCCAAGUUUAAAUUUAAAAUAUAUUUAUCAAGAAUAA